AUGUCCGCUCUCUGGUGGGUAACACGGCGUAUACAUCCGGAGUACACUAUCGGAUUAAUUACUGCCUCUAUCAGUAUCCAGAUGGUCGAACGUCGAACCCCGUAUGAUUCUUGUCCUCUCGCGGCGGCUCCAACUGGACUGGUGCCAGACUUCUACCGACUCCCAGUCCUGCCACUGGUCAGCGUGGCGGAUGCAGGCCCACCGGUUGACCCCGCCUCGAGUCGGGACUGUGAGUUUUGGGCCGUGGCUGAGAUGAAGAGUCGAGGCCUCGACACGAUCCUCUUCUUCUCCUGCACGGGCUUCGCCUCGUGUACUAUCUUUCCGUCGCUUUGGCGUCAAUGGCAAAAGCACCUGGGCCACGGCCGAAGCGCUCGGCCCCAGUGUGGUCCUUGUGCAAAGGGACAGCGACCGUGUAUCUACGCGCCUCAAUGUAGCACCGACGUUGCCAGCACACCCACUCCCAUUCCGGCGACUCCGCUCAUCUCUGCGGCGCAGCUUCACUCAAGGUCCUCCAGCCGGGAUGGGGGGCUGCAUCAGGGCAAUACAGAGCAACAUAGCCCCUUGCAAAUUUUGAUCGAUGCCUGCCACCAGAAGCAGCCGAUGCAAGAUGAAAGACUACGAGACCAAGGUCAUGAGAGAACCGAGGGACAUGAAAGAUUGGACCUCCAUGCGGAGAUACGACAACGACAGCACUCACUCCGUCAACCUGCGCCCAUCCCACACGUUCCCAUCAUCCCUUCUGCCAACUCCCCUUACGGCUACGACCCUUCUCCAGGAGCCGAAAGUUCGGCAUCUACUCGAGUAGCACCGCUCAGCUGGUUUGAAUUGUUGGCCACUGAUGCAGCAAAUGCGAAUGAUCGCUUCCUUCUGUCGCCGCCGCAACAAUUCCCACGGGCCCAUCGAGAUCAUGGCGACCAUGGUGAUCACCGCAACCCAGCCGGGGAAGACCCGCGUCAUAGUUCAAAUCUGCGGCCACGGACACUUCGGGAACGUGAAAGCUUUCAUGCAGCGGCCUUUCGAUGCGACCCAGAAAUCGAGCCGCGAUUUGUCACACAGCAGCCCACGGAGGAUGGAGAUUCGGUGAUCUCAGAUAGUCCAUCCUCGUGGACCACAUCGUCUCCGAUCCAAUUAUCCAGUCUAGAACAUUGUUUGUUCACCCAUUUCGUACGUGUGUCGAGCAAGUGGCUGGAUUUCUACGACCCGUUCCAGCAUUUCGCCUCGGUAGUUCCUCAUUUAGCUCUCCGGAACGUGGGAUUAAUGAAGGCAUUGCUGGCCCUUUCCGCAAGGCAUCUGUCCCUUGAAAUGGAGCCUCGAGAGGAGAGAGCAGACUCAACAUUGACGGAUCAUGGCGGCACGUCCUUGGCUCCGCGCAGUGACUCUGUUCAGUCUCAUGUCAUCGACCGUAACCUCGCGGUUCAAUACUACUAUGAAACCCUGCAUUAUCUCAACAGAGCCAUGCAGCACCCUUCAUAUGCCCGCAGCCAUGAAGUGAUUGCGACGUCCCUGCUGAUCAGUACAUAUGAGAUGAUUGAUGGCUCGAAUCAGGAUUGGGAACGCCACCUCAAGGGCGUCUUCUGGAUCCAACGAUUUCAAGACAAUGACGGAGAAUCUGGUGGGCUGCGAUCAGCUGUUUGGUGGGCCUGGCUUCGACAAGAUGUAUGGGUAGCCAUGAGAGAGCGGCGGCGCGUUUUCAGCUUCUGGCAGCCAAAACGGCCAGUGUCACUCUUGACAGCACCAGAGCUUGCUACUCGGGCCACCUACCUACUUGGUCAAUGUGUGAACUACGCUUCGAAGGAAGAGCAGGAGACUUCGGAUCUGUCUCGGCGGCUUGAAAGGGGCAGUGAGCUACUUUUCCUCCUCCAGGAAUGGUAUGAUCAUCUACCUUCAGAAUACAACCCUCUUCCGAUGACCUCUGAUACGACUGUGUUCCCACACAUCUGGGUUCAUCCGCCCAGCUAUGCGGCCGCGCUGCAGAUCCACAGUCUGGCAAGAGUCUUAGUCAUACUUCACCGUCCCUCUUCUGGUGGUUUAGACGACUACCGAGCAGCACAAAAAUUGCUGACCUUGUCUGUCAACACGAUAUGCGGAAUUGCACGAACCGUUGAUGAGUCAGAUCAGGCGGCCAGUAUUGUCUCUCUUCACUGUGUAUUUGGUGCUGGCAUGUGUGUGUAUACCCCUCACGAACGAUUGGCGCUGUUGGAUCUCUUGGCUUCUUGCCAGAAGCGGGUGCGAUGGCCGUCGAGAUCUCUGCGGAAAGAACUUGAGCUGGAAUAUGGGAAGGACGAAUUUGCGAAUCUAGCUGGAUGA